AAGAAGGUACAUAUAUAGCUUCUCCCCUCACUAAAAUGGAAAUUCCUUAGACAGACUUAUCUCUGAACCCUGCAUCUUAAAGUUCACUGCCACUAAUGUUGGCAUGGACCCCAAUGGUGUUGAAUGGAAAUCUGAUAAAUGCAGCCAACUUUGCAAUCCCUUAACAAACAUCAAAGAGAAUCACAAAUUCCAGAAAGCUAGAUGGCAAGGAAGGUCAGCGUGUAGAGGACUCAGCUUUGGGACUUCGUCAUAUUACCAAUGAAAUCAAACUAUAGCAUCAUUUAAAGAGGCACAUGUGUACGUUUUCUGGAACGGCAUGCUAGCUAGUGCACACGUCCCUAUAAAAUGAUACCAACAACGUGAGGUCUUCGCGUGGGUGAACGAGGAAAGAGAGAGAGAGAGAGAGAGGGAGGGUUCAAGAACCAGAUCCCGGUGCAAUGGCUGGGGUCGUCGACAAUCAGCACGACUCAAAACUUGGCAUACCUGAUGAAAGUGAGGAGGUAGAUGACUCUCCUAUUGAGCAAGUGAGGCUCACCGUUCCAACAACCGACGACCCAACACAGCCAGCACUGACAUUCAGAACAUGGACUCUGGGGUUGGCCUCAUGCAUUAUCCUCUCCUUUGUGAACCAAUUCUUCGGCUACAGAACCAACCCUCUCUACAUCUCCUCCGUCUCAGCACAGAUUCUCUCUCUCCCAGUUGGGAAACUCAUGGCAGCAACACUUCCCACCAAACCAAUUCGUGUCCCGUUGACCAAAUGGUCUUUCUCCCUGAACCCUGGCCCCUUCAAUCUGAAGGAACAUGCACUCAUCACCAUCUUUGCCAGCGCUGGAUCUAGUGGUGUUUAUGCCAUCAACAUUAUCACUAUUGUUAAGGCUUUCUACCACAGGAAUAUCCAUCCACUUGCCGCUUUUCUCUUAGCACUUUCCACCCAGAUGCUUGGUUAUGGAUGGGCUGGGAUUUUCAGGAAAUGUCUUGUAGAUUCCCCGUACAUGUGGUGGCCUUCAAACCUUGUCCAAGUGUCUCUAUUCAGGGCAUUUCAUGAAAAGGAGAAAAGGCCUAAAGGAGGAAACACAAGGCUGCAAUUCUUUUUCCUGGUCUUUGUAGCAAGCUUUGCUUAUUACGUUAUUCCAGGCUACUUUUUCCAAGCAAUAACAACAAUCUCCUUUGUUUGCUUGGUUUGGAAAAACUCCAUCACUGCACAGCAAAUUGGUUCGGGCAUGAAAGGCCUUGGCAUUGGUUCAUUUGGCUUGGACUGGAACACUGUGGCUGGUUUCUUGGGGAGUCCUUUGGCUGUUCCUGGCUUUGCCAUCAUCAACAUUCUGGUUGGAUUUGUGCUGUUUAUGUAUGUUCUGGUUCCCAUUUCCUAUUGGAACAACCUAUAUGAUGCCAAGAAGUUCCCCAUCAUCAGUUCUCACACAUUUGAUUCCUCUGGCGCAACAUAUAAUGUCACUCGGGUUUUGAAUGAUAAAACUUUUGACAUUGAUAUGGAUAGUUAUAACAAUUACAGCAAGCUCUAUCUCAGUAUCACAUUUGCAUUCGACUAUGGAUUGAGCUUUGCAACUCUGACUGCUACUAUUGCCCAUGUUGCCCUCUUCCAUGGAAAAACGAUUUAUCAGAUGUGGAAGAAGACAACAUCUGCACUAAAAGGACAACAACUUGGAGAUGUGCACACGAGAAUUAUGAAGAGAAACUAUGAACAAGUACCUGAAUGGUGGUUUGUUAGCAUUUUGCUUCUAAUGAUUGUUGUAUCUUUGAUAACUUGUGAAGGCUUUGGCAAGCAACUCCAAUUGCCAUGGUGGGGAGUCCUAAUGUCUCUUGUAAUAGCGUUAGUUUUCACUUUGCCAAUUGGGGUCAUUCAAGCAACAACAAACACGCAAGUCGGACUCAACGUGAUUACAGAGUUAAUAAUUGGGUACAUUUACCCAGGAAGGCCACUUGCUAAUGUAGCCUUCAAGACUUAUGGGUACAUCAGCAUGUCACAAGCACUCGGGUUCCUUCAAGACUUCAAAUUAGGCCACUAUAUGAAAAUUCCUCCAAAAUCUAUGUUCGUUGUGCAGUUGGUAGGUACCAUAGUGGCUUCAGGUGUGUACUUUGGCACAGCAUGGUGGCUUCUGACAAGUAUUCCACACAUAUGUGAUGAAACAAGCUUGCCAGCUGGUAGUCCAUGGACAUGCCCUGGGGACGAAGUGUUUUACAAUGCUUCAAUCAUUUGGGGAGUAGUGGGACCACAGAGAAUGUUUACCAAGGAUGGGAUUUACCCUGGGAUGAAUUGGUUUUUCCUGAUUGGCCUACUUGCUCCUGUUCCAGUGUGGCUGCUUGCUCGCAAAUUCCCAAACCAUAAGUGGAUUGAGCUCAUCAAUAUGCCCUUAAUCAUUGCUGGUGGUGGUGGCAUCCCACCAGCCAGAUCCGUCAACUACAUAACUUGGGGAUUUGUGGGAAUCUUCUUCAAUUUCUACGUUUACAGCAAGUUCAAGGCAUGGUGGGCUAGACACACUUACAUCCUCUCAGCUGCUUUAGAUGCUGGUGUUGCUUUCAUGGGUGUCAUUCUCUAUUUUGCCCUUCAAAAUUAUGGUGUUUUUGGUCCAAUAUGGUGGGGUCAAGAUGCUGAUGACCACUGUCCUUUGGCCAAAUGCCCCACAGCUCCAGGCGUAAUUGCUCAUGGAUGUCCUCUUCUCUGACCUCCAUCUAUUCUCUCACCUUCAUCCAUCCAUUCAUCUACUGUAUAUAUACCUAACUUUUCAUUUUAUGGAAUAAUAUUACGUGACAUUUCAUGUUCA